AUGUUGAACCCGACUAGAAACCUCAGCCUGCGCAACGUUAAUUCAAGCAAGCCCCAGCUUGCUCGAACCGAAUCAAGACAAUCCGUGGCUGCAUCAGACGACUACUAUUCAUUCUCUGAUCGAGCUUCAGCUACAUCUAGUCCUGAUAGCCGGGUAACGGUUAUGCGAUUCAGGACUGCGGACUCUCAUCAUUCAUCUCAACCACCUUCACCCACAAUGCCCCAACCACAGUAUACCGAGGAUGAUCUUCCAUCACGACCACCAACAGCCAGCACAGUCCGCUUUGAAGAUCGAGUGACUCACAUUUAUCCUCGAUCUGAAGACGAGAGAUCUGAUGACACUGCCCGCCGAGUACCGAGCGACUACACAGGACCAACCCCCACUCCAGGCUUGGACGACUCCUCAUAUGUCCGAUUCGCAAUUAACCAGCUCACCCAUGAAAGAGCCCGAGGAAUCCAAAGGCACGACUCUGUCUCUACCACGACCACUGGGAAUUAUCCGACUGAUCAGUUGGUAUGGGAUGAGGGACUUGGUUAUUUCACUCGCACCCGCACCCCAAUUCGACAUGAUACGCCCCCUGUGAGACCGUCAUAUACAUCUCCCUCGCCACAGGCUUUACCGCAGAGGCCAGCCUCUGUGGACCCAGAGUCCUUCAUGGCCGUUGACCCGCCAGAGCAGAGCUUGUUAUAUCCUCCCUUGGACUACUUGCCUCUUGCUUUGCGGCCGUGGACUUUGGCGCUGACUAUGCUCUGUUCUCUGCUCAUGAUUGCUGCUAUAAUCUUCUGCAAUAUAUGGUCCCGCCGUCAUGACGGGCUGUGGGACUACGAGCGUCAAGGCGGCGGACGGUAUUUUGUCCUUCAAUUUUUACCGCAAAUCCUGGCCACGCCGAUUAUCAUUUGGUCGUUUGUCAUUCAAGCUGCCCUCUACCGCAUUGCACCCUUUUCUAUAAUGUCCGCGGAAAGACAGGGCGGAUUGGUCAUGCAUCGCCUACCUAUCCUCUCAAAAAACUUCGUUUUCCCAGAUUUCUCCCACUUUCAACAUGGUGAAUCGUUGUUCGGAAUCUCACUGUUUACAAUCUGGCUUUCCAACUUCUUUGCCAUUCCUCUUCUCAGCUGUCUUUUUCAGGCGAAACACUACAUUAUUGACGGACAGGGUGUCUGGAGAUGGGCGUCCGUCCAGUCUGUGGGCUGGACAUUGGUGGCACUAUAUGGCGUUUUGACCAUUGGUCUGAUGUUCUUAUUCCUCCGAUUCGUCCGUAGCUGGUCUGGCUUGAUGUGGGAUCCCGUGAGCUUGGCAGAUUUGAUUUCCAUCAUCCAGCGAUCGAACAUUCUCCACGAUUUCGAGCAUUCAGAGACAGUCCCUUCCGUGCGGGAGUCACUGGAUUCCCGGAUCCUUCGACUGGGCUACUGGAAACUCUCAAGCAAGCCCGAGAUAUUUUACGGCAUCGGCGAAGUUGAUGCUCCCGUGCGCACUCCAUCCUUGCAUCAAACCGGCAAAAGAGAGAACCAGCCACAUGGACUUGCUAAGGUCUGCUUCGAUGUCGAACACAAUGGUGGGUUUGCCAAUGAUCAACUGGAUCACCAUCUCUACUCGCCAAUCGCCCGUUACCGCUGGACACCGUGGUUUUUGAGAAAAAUCGCGGUGUUCGUUUGGGUUGCCAUCGUUUUCGCCUUGUUCAUAGCUUUCGUCGCAGUCAGCUUCAUUCACAACGGCAUUCAAGGCGGCUUCCCUCCCAAACUUCCAACCCUCCCAUCGACAACUGCAUUCUCCUCCUCGAAUUUCCUCUACAGCUUUGUCCCCGCACUUAUCGGCAACAUCCUCUUCCUCGCUUGGCAACCCAUCGAUGUAUAUUUCCGCGCUCUCCAACCCUUCGUCGAGCUGUCAUCGCCCACCGGCGCAUCCGCGGAACGGAGUGUUCUACUCUCCUACCCAUCCUCAUACCCACUCCAAGUCACAUUCCAGGCCAUCAUCAACGGCCACUUCAAAGUUGCCUGGAUCUCUCUCAUGAGUCUGGUAUCCGUUGCGAUCCCGAUCCUCGCCGGCGGAGUCUUCAUUGCCCUCUGGUUCCCCUCCCACAACGAUAUCCGCAUUUCCGCCUUGAUGCCGGCAUUCUACGCAUUGGUUGCCUUUUGCGGUUUAUAUGCUGUGUCUUUCCUGGCCAUCUGGCCAGGAAAGACCCGCUACCUGCCGCACGACAUAACCACCUUGGCUGAUCUCAUGAGCUAUCUCUACCAGUCACCACUUCUUUCGGACAAGAUCCUGCGCGAACCCCGAAGCAAGACGGACCUUGUCACUCGUCUUAUCAUUGCCCCGCCUUCAGAGCGUGAGCAGCCUCGGUAUGGAUUUGGAAUCUAUAUUGGCCGGGAUGGAAAGGAGCAUCUUGGUAUUGAUCGUUUCCAUCGCCCCGGUCGAGCUGAUAUGCUCAUUACCACGAGCACCAAGGAAUGA